UCGGUUUUGGUAUGAAGCACAAUCACCAACUUGAACGUGGGGUCCUCCAGUCCAGUCUCAGACUGCAGUAUAACUAAAUUAAUACUAAGAUGGCCCUUUGUAUGAUAUGAGGGUGUAACAUAGAAUAUAGCUUAGAUCUAUUCUUAAUAGAUAUAGGCUAUCGUUUCCUUGACAUUCAGAAUAAAUUGCAACCUCACUCGUAAUAGCCCAUAUGCAAACAGCCUGUUCGGAAUGCCGAAAAUGAACUUCUCUCCACUGCUCUCCCUGUGCAUGGAUGUGUGUGUGGUGCAGACAGUCCGCUUGGCCCAACUCUCCCCUCUCCUCCUCCCCCAUCCCCUCAUCACCUUGUGUGGUGGAAGCCUGCUCCGUGCCGGCCUCCACCUCUUUCUCACCUUCACGUUCCCUGGAAGUCCCCUAUGGAUGAGCAGCUUCGAGGGGCUCCAGAGCAUGGGGGUCCUCUGCUUCCAUUGCCCAAUCUACAUCAGCCUUCUCUGGGUAUGUGGCCAGUCCAUCCUGGGGCAGCUAUGGGGAUGGCACUCCUGGCAGGGGGGCUACUGCGUAACAGUCGUAGCAUGGUUGUACUGGACACGCUACGUCCCUUCUCUUCUUACCAAGCCCACCAAGGAACCACAGAAGAAGACUGGGGCAUCUCUAGAGAAACUGAUGGGAUACAUGAAGCCUUAUAUCAUACGCUUUGGAGUCGUGCUGAGUCUUGUCGUCAUCUCUUCCCUUGGUGAGAUGGCUAUUCCCCACUACACCGGCCGAAUGACUGACUGGAUUAUGAAUGAAGACGAGCCUGAAGCCUUCACUUACGCCAUCACGGUCAUGUCUGAUUACAGUCAUGAGGUGUGUGCUGUGUGUGACCUCAUCUACAACAUCACCAUGUGUCGCAUACACACCUCCAUCCAGCGCCUAGGCUUCCAGUCGGUGCUGAAGCAGGAGAUCGCUUUCUUUGACAAAGCUCAGACAGGUGACCUUGUGUCACGCAUCACCACGGACACCAACAACAUGAGUGAGUCUCUGAGUGAGAAGUUGAGUCUGCUGAUGUGGUACUUCAUACGGGUCACUUUCCACUUCAUCUUCAUGCUCAAUCUCUCCUGGAAGCUGUCCCUCUUCACCGCGAUGGGGCUUCCUAUCAUCUGGGUCAUACCAAAGAUACCCGGCAAGUGGUACCAGCUCGGUGCGAAGGUUCAAAAGUCACUAGCCCAGGCCAAUGACGUUGCCACGGAGACCUUCUCCUCUAUGAAGACAGUACGCAGCUUUGCCAACAAGGAGGGCGAGACGGAGAGCUACAGGAAGAGGCUGGAGAAGACCUACUCUCUGAAUAAAGAGGAAGCAGCAGCCUACGCAGCCUCAACCUGGACCAAUAGUAUGUCAAGCCUGUUCCUGAAGGUCAGUAUCCUGUACUAUGGCGGCAGUCUGGUGACAGGGGGGACCGUCAGCAGUGGGGACCUGGUGGCCUUUGUGCUCUACGAGCUCCAGUUCUCCUCUGCUGUGGAGACCGUGAUGUCGUGUUACCCAAGUGUGAUGAGGGCAAUCGGUGGCUCUGAGAAGAUAUUCGAGUAUGUGGACCGACAGCCCCAUGUUCCUACAGAAGGCACCCUUGCCCCACAGAAACUUGAGGGAUAUGUUCAGUUCAAGAAUGUCAUAUUUACCUACUCUACCAGGGACGAUACACCUGUGCUCAAGGCCCUGUCUCUGGAGCUGAGGCCUGGGCAGAUCACUGUCCUUGUGGGGGCUUCUGGAGCAGGGAAAAGCACCUGUGUGAGCCUGCUGGAGUUCUACCUGCCCCAGGAAGGAGUGAUCCUAUUGGAUGGACAGCCACUGAACAGCUACAAGAACCAGUACCUGCACAACCAGGUCAUUACAAACAGCAAUGGAAGCAAUGUUACUCUUCCCCUAAGCUAUAUUAGAUUUGAUUUUGAUUUGAAACAUGUCAGAGAUGAUGCCACUGAUGAGGAGAUGUACCAGGCUGCUGAGCUGGACAACGCCCACAAGUUCAUCUCUGACCUGCCCAAUGGCUAUGAUACAGAUGCCGGGGAGAAGGGAGGCCAGGUUUCAGGAGGGCAGAAGCAACACAUUGCCGUCGCCAGAGCUCCAAUCAGACAGCCUCGGAUUCUAGUGCUGGACGAUGUCACCAGUAACUUGGACACAGAGAGUGAGCAUUUGGUCCAACAAGCUCUGCUCAACGAUUCAAACCCCUGCUCAGUCCUGCUGAUUGCUCAUAAGCUGAGCACUGUGGAGAAGGCCAAUCACAUUGUCGUUCUCGAGGAGGGAAAGGUGCUAGAGGAGGGGGGCCAUGUUGAGCUGCUGGAGAAAGGUGGAACCUAUGCUGACAUGGUGAACAGGCAGAACACUGGCUUCCAGCGCAAAGAAGGGGAGGAGCUAAACAACUAAAACAGAGGCUCCAAUCCCAUGACACUUCUCAAUUUACACUGAAAUCCCACUCUGCCACCAUCUCACAUUUUCAACAUUAUUACCUACUAGUUCUACUGCAUCGCAUAUGCUUAACAAAUACUCUGAGAUCAUAGCAUCAAACUGUUGUUAAAUGAUCAUAAUCCCCUCACUGAUUACAAUAAGAGACCUGUAAUAUAAGAGGUUUCAUACAAAGAGCACAUUUCUAUGUUCAACUUUCUAUUUGCACUAUAGUGUAACUAAAGUAUUCUUUCUGCCCCAAAUGCCUUUUGUAUUUAUUUUUACAUUUAUUUUAGUUAAAUUGUUCUCCCACAUUUGUGUUCUAACUAUAUAGUGUAAAUAGGGAUCCCAAAGAAUGUUUUGUCUCUUCAAGGCAGUACAAUACAGGAGCCUUUUUCUGUUCUGUGUUAAUGACAAUAAACAUUCUGCUCUCUGAAAUAA